AUGGGAAACUGGGUGGUUAACCACUGGUUCUCAGUUUUGGUUCUGGCUGUCUGGUUGGGGCUGAAUAUUUUCCUGUUUGUGUAUGCCUACCUGAAAUACGCGAAAGGUGACAAGUACUACUACACGAGAGAAAUCCUUGGGUCGACAUUGGCCUGUGCCCGAGCAUCUGCUUUCUGCUUGAAUUUUAACAGCAUGCUGAUCCUGCUUCCCAUGUGUCGCAAUCUGCUGUCAUUCCUGAGGGGCACCUGCUCAUUUUGCAGCCGCACAAUGAGAAAGCAAUUGGAUCACAACCUCACCUUCCACAAGCUGGUGGCAUAUAUGAUCUGCCUACACACAGCUAUUCACAUUAUUGCACACCUGUUUAACUUUGACCGCUACAGCAGAAGCCGACGGGCCACAGAUGGAUCCCUUGCUUCCAUUCUCUCCAACCUAUCUCAUCAUGAGAAAGACGGGGGUUCUUGGCUAAAUCCCAUCCACUCCCCCAACAUGACAGUGGAGUAUGUGACAUUCACAAGCAUCGCUGGUCUCACUGGAGUAAUCAUGACAAUAGCCCUGGUUCUCAUGGUAACUUCAGCUACAGAGUUUAUACGGAGGAACUAUUUUGAGGUCUUCUGGUAUACUCACCACUUUUUUAUUGUCUAUAUCCUCGGCUUAGGGAUUCACGGCAUUGGUGGAAUUGUCCGGGGUCAAACAGAAGAGAGCAUGAAUGAGAGUCAUCCUCACAAGUGUGCAGAGGCUUUUCAGAAGUGGGAUGAUCCUGACUCCUACUGCAGACACCCCCAAUUUGAAGGGAACCCCGCCGAGUCUUGGAAGUGGAUUCUUGCGCCAGUCGUUCUUUAUAUCUUUGAGAGGAUCCUCCGGUUUUAUCGCUCCCAGCAGAAGGUUGUGAUUACCAAGGUUGUCAUGCAUCCAUCCAGAGUGUUGGAAUUGCAAAUGAACAAGUGUGGCUUCAGAAUGGAAGUGGGACAGUAUAUCUUUGUUAACUGCCCCUCAAUCUCCCUACUGGAGUGGCAUCCCUUUACUCUGACCUCCGCUCCAGAGGAAGAUUUCUUCUCCAUUCAUAUCCGAGCAGCGGGGGACUGGACAGAAAAGCUCAUAAAGGCUUUUGAACAACAGCAUUCACCCUUUCCCAGGAUUGAGGUGGAUGGUCCCUUUGGCACAGUCAGUGAGGAUGUUUUCCAGUAUGAAGUUGCUAUGCUGGUUGGAGCAGGAAUUGGGGUCACCCCCUUUGCUUCCAUCUUGAAAUCCAUCUGGCACAAAUUCCGGCAUGCAGACCACAACCUCAAAACACAAAAGAUCUAUUUCUACUGGAUCUGCAGGGAGACAGGUGCUUUUGCCUGGUUCAAUGACCUAUUGACUUCCCUGGAACAGGAAAUGGAGGAUUUAGGCAGAGUGGGUUUUCUAAACUACCGCCUCUUUCUUACCGGAUGGGACAGCAACAUUGCUGGUCAUGCAGUAUUAAACUUUGACAGGGCCACUGACAUCCUGACAGGUCUGAAACAGAAAACUUUCUUUGGGAGACCAAUGUGGGACAAUGAGUUUUCUUCAAUAGCUACUGCCCACCCCAAGUCUGUGGUGGGAGUUUUCUUGUGUGGUCCCCGGACUUUGGCAAGGAGCCUGCAGAAAUGCUGUCACCGAUACUCCAGUCUGGAUCCUAGGAAGGUUCAAUUCUACUUCAACAAAGAAAAUUUCUGA